AGAGAAAGACAAACACCAAAGGGCUGUUGCUCUGGGUUGCACCGGCUCUGCUGCUCUCGUCAUCCUCCUCUCUCUUCUUGCUGCCGCUUCUUCUUCUUUCUUUCCUUCUUUCUUUAUUAUUAUUAUUAAUAUUCUUAUUAUUAUUAUUAUUUUUUUUUUUUUUUUUUUUUCUUCUUCGGUCUUUCAAAAUUCAAAAACCCUAAAACCCUGUGAUAAGGUUCUUGAGUUAAAAGAAAUGGUGACAAUGGCUCUGGCUCUUCCUCAUUCACUUUCUUCUCCACGUUUUCUUCAACCCCAACGGAAGCCCUCACAGGCUCCCAAUCCCACCCUCCCUCCAACUGCAACUCGAUGCUCCGCCAACAAUCGGAAUUCGUCUCCUCUUAUUUUUCUUAAACAUAGAGACUCUCGCUCCACCGUCUCCCCCUUUCAAGGGAAGUUAGUACUGCAACGUUUUGCAAGCAUUUCUUCUUCGAACAGUCAACAAACCUCUACGGUUGGUGUCAACCCACAACUUUCAGUGCCUCCCCCUCCAUCACAGAUAGGGACGCCGCUUUUCUGGAUUGGGGUUGGUGUUGGGCUUUCAGCACUAUUUUCUUGGGUUGCAACAAGAUUAAAGAACUAUGCCAUGCAACAAGCUUUUAAGACUUUGAUGGGCCAAAUGAAUACACAAAAUAAUCAAUUCAAUAAUGCUGCAUUUGCUCCGGGGUCACCCUUUCCAUUCCCAUCGUCAGCAUCAGGGCCUACUACCUCAUCUUCUCCAGCCACUUCUCAACCAUCAGUUACAGUGGAUGUGCCUGCAACAAAAGUAGAAGCUGCAACAACCACUCAUAUGAAAGAUGAAACAGAUGUAAAGAAAGAACCUAAGAAGAUUGCUUUUGUGGAUGUUUCACCAGAAGAAACUGAACAAAAGAGUCCUUUUGAGAGCAGUUUAAAGGAUGUGACUGAAACGAGUCCAUCCAAUGAUGGUCGCACAGCCCAGGAGGUCUCUCAAAAUGGAGCUGCUUUUAAGCAGUUUGCAGGUUCUUCCCAGGAGUCCCAAUCGACUGGAAAAGCUCCUGGCUUAUCAGUAGAAGCGUUGGAGAAAAUGAUGGAAGACCCAACAGUGCAAAAGAUGGUUUACCCCUAUUUGCCUGAGGAGAUGAGGAAUCCUGCUACCUUCAAAUGGAUGCUACAAAAUCCAGAAUACCGUCAACAACUUGAAGACAUGUUAAAUAAUAUGAGUGGGAGCAGUGAAUGGGACAACCGUAUGAUGGAUUCAUUGAAAAAUUUCGAUCUCAGCAGUCCAGAGGUUAAGCAGCAGUUCGACCAAAUUGGGCUUACACCUGAGGAGGUCAUAUCAAAAAUUAUGGCCAAUCCUGAAGUCGCCAUGGCAUUUCAAAACCCAAGAGUUCAAGCAGCCAUCAUGGAUUGUUCCCAGAACCCAAUGAGCAUCACAAAAUAUCAAAAUGACAAGGAGGUUAUGGAUGUUUUCAAUAAGAUAUCAGAACUCUUCCCUGGAGUGAGAGGCUCACCUUGAUCAAGGUCACUGUUAUGGAGUGCAAUACUUAAUAGUGGUCAUAUAUGAGCAGGAGGGUGAUCAAAGCUACUACAUGAACCUUCAAAACCAAACAUGCUUCCUUUAAUCGAGGUGAUGGAUAAUGUUUUCUUUGAGUCAGAUGCAUAGUGCCCCAUUGCAAAGUUGACCGACAGCUGUGUAUUAUUCUGUGGGUAGUGCCAAUAAGUUCCUUCACUCUCCAUCGCUAUGUAGUGAUGUUUGUACAUCUGGUUUAGAGGGCCUUUGUUGAUUUUGAUUUUUGGUAGCGGAAUUUAGAAUUUUAUCUAGCCAAUUAACUUAGCCGGAUGAAUGAUUGAGCUAUACAUGGUCAUAUCUUUUUAUAUAACUGUACAUUAUAUAAUUGUGGAACUUUCAGAUUUGUUCUUCGUUUUAA